AUGGGGUUUCGUGACAAGCAAUUUCCAGACUAUGUGUGUCGGUUAAAGAAGUCUCUUUAUGGCCUCAAACAGGCCCCUCGUGCCUGGUACCAACGCUUUACGGAUUAUGUUCUCACAUUGGGUUUCGUCCAAAGCGGUUGCGAUGCGUCUCUCUUCAUUCUUCAUCACAAUGGCAACACCGCUUAUCUCCUACUCUAUGUCGAUGACAUCAUCUUGGUCACCUCAUCUACCGCUCUUCGAGUGCAGCUUAUGAGUCAUCUGUCUGCUGAAUUUGCCAUGAAGGAUUUGGGCACCCUUAGCUUCUUUCUCGGUAUUUCUGUGACUCGUCACCAUGACACCAUGUUCCUAUCUCAGCAAACAUACGCCGCGGACAUCAUUGAGCGUGCGGGUAUGUCCUCGUGUGAACCCGCGGCCACUCCGGUGGACACCAAUUCUAAACUCGGUGCACUAUCGGGUACCGACUUUGAGAACCCAACACUCUAUUGGAGUCUUGCAGGCGCCCUUCAGUACCUCACCUUCACUCGUCCCGAUAUCAGUUACGCGAUUCAACAGGUAUGCAUGCACAUGCAUGCCCCGAAAACGGAUCAUUGGAACGCUCUUAAGCGCAUAAUACGAUACAUUCAAGGUACUAUUUCAUUUGGUCUCACGCUCACAUCUCAUAUGAAUCCUGCCCUCCUUGCCUACACGGAUGCGGACUGGGCAGGAUGCCCGGACACUCGCCGUUCCACGAGUGGUUAUUGUAUUUACCUAGGGGACAAUCUGGUUUCUUGGUCUUCCAAGCGUCAGCCUACCAUUUCUCGAUCUAGCGCAGAGGCCGAGUAUCGCGGGGUUGCCAACGUUGUCGCUGAAAUUUGCUGGCUCCGCAAUCUUCUGCUAGAGCUUCAUCGUCCGUUGUCUAAAGCCACUAUAGUAUACUGUGACAAUGUUAGUGCUAUCUACCUCUCUGGUAAUCCCGUUCAGCAUCAACGCACAAAGCACAUUGAGCUAGACAUCCACUUUGUCCGCGAACAGGUGCAACGCGGCCAGGUCCGUGUCCUUCACGUUCCAUCUCGCUGUCAGGUUGCAGAUAUCUUUACUAAGGGAUUGCCACGCGUCUUGUUUGAAGAUUUUCGUUCCAGUCUCAGCAUUCGGUCACCUCCCGCUUCGACUGCGGGGGUGUAA